AUGUCGCCUGACAGAUAUGCUAUGCAUUUCACAUCAACUAAUUCUCCUAGACUAUUCAUAGCUAUUAUCAUGAAGAAUUCACCAUCCAACAUGUUGGUUAUUGUGUUGCAAAUAGCAUUAAUCUUUAUCCUAAGUUUGGAACCUUUAGUUGCACAAGUAGGAGUUUCCUACGGAAUGAUGGGCAAUAAUUUACCCACUAAGCCUGAUGUUAUCGCCCUAUACAAACAAAAUGGUAUCCAGAGAUUGAGACUUUACGAUCCAAAUCCCGAAGCACUCCAAGCUCUCGGGGGAUCCGACAUUGAGGUUAGCGUUGGUGUACUCAACGCAGAUAUUGAAAAGCUAGCAUCAAGCCAGGACGAAGCCAACACUUGGGUCCAAAACAAUAUCAAAAACUACCCCAGUGUUAAAUUUAAGUAUAUCGUGGUUGGAAACGAAUUCCAGUUACAAUUUAUUCUAUCAGCCAUGCAAAACUUGCUAACCGCGGUUUCUGAUGCCGGUCUAAUAAACCAAAUUCGGGUGACCACAGCCGUCCACAGUGGUCUCCUAGGAGAGUCCUACCCACCAUCGAAAGGCGUGUUCAGUGCCGAUGCAAACGAGUUCAUUACCCCAAUAGCGAAAUUUCUCGCUUUAUUCGGUUCUCCCCUGUUUCUCAAUGUUUACCCUUACUUCGCCUAUUCCGGGUCCAAUGGAAAUGUGGCGCUUGAUUAUGCGCUCUUCAAUUCACCAGGAAUUGUGGUAAAUGACAAUGCUUUAGGGUACCAGAACUUGUUAGAUGCUAUGAUCGAUGCUUUUUAUUGGGCGUUGGAGAAGGCCGGGGCUGGGUCUGUGGAGAUCGUUGUGUCGGAGACAGGGUGGCCUACGAGUGGAGGGACUGGAGCAAGCCUUGAGAAUCAAAAGAGUUAUAUUCUUAAACUUAUUGAUCAUGUCAAGAGUGGUCGUGGAACACCCAAGAAGCCUGGAAAGUUAAUACAGACUUACAUCUUUGCCAUGUUCGAUGAGAAUCAGAAAACUCCCGAGUAUGAGAAGUUUUGGGGUUUGUUUACUCCAGACAAACAAAUCAAGUAUCCAAUUAAUUUUGCCUAA